GGUUGGUCAGAUCUAAAGAGCUUGCACUGAUUCCAGCCACGCAAUGAGGAUUCUCCUGCUAUCAUUGGUAUAUCAUACCUAUAUGAGCUUUGGGAAUCCAUCUAAAGGCUUAUCCAAAAGCCUCCACAAAGCCAAGACUUCACAAUCCAGUGUUAAGGAUCGCUGGUACCCCUUGGACUGCCAAGAUGUUUGGAAGAGAGGCUUCCUAUCUGGAGAGUAUACCAUAUACCCAGAAGGUUCCAAUAAUCCUUUGCCUGUGUACUGCGAUAUUACAUCCAACCGGAGAGUUUGGACGGUAUUUCAGAAUCGUUUUGAUGGGUCAGUGGAUUUCAACCAAAACUGGCAGACUUAUAAGAAGGGUUUCGGAAAUGCAAAUGGCGAAUACUGGUUGGGUUUGCAGAAUAUUUACCGGCUGACGAUGCAAGGGCGGUACGAGCUAAUGUUGGAGAUGGAGCACAUGAAUGGAUUGAGAGUGUACGCUCAGUAUCAAAAUUUCAGCCUCUCGCCCCAUGCCCUGAAUGCAGAGAGCGAUGGAUACAAGCUACAUGUCGAUGGUUUCAUAGACGGAGGAGCAGGUGAUAUACUGAGUGCUCACGUUGGGCAGAUGUUUUCCACAUAUGACAAGGACGAAGAAGAGCAUAUUCAAAACUGUGCAGAGUACUAUGGAGGAGGGUUUUGGUACGAGUCAUUGGGCUGCGCUAAUGCCCCACUCAAUGCUCGCUACAUGUCUCCUGAUAGCGCAGGAACCCAACCAUUUGUUGGUUUCUCCUGGAGCAAUGAUAGUGGCUUACCCCUAAUCCUCAAGAGCAGCCAGAUGAAGAUGAGGAGACUUCAGGGUAAAAACUAGGACUCUGAAAUUCUCCUAGAGUCAACCUGCAUGGAGCACCAUUAUGCUAAGAUUGUGAUGAUUUGUAAUGGUUUCCUGCACAUUUACAUUCUAAGUUUUAUUACAUACACAAAUUAAUGAAGGUGGGGUUACAAUGUACAAGAAUCUACUUUUAAUGAAAGUCAAUAAAUUGCUUUUCUGUUGC